GCCUAGUAUGACGUCACGCACUUACUGGCUUGCGGAACAAAAGCCGUCUGCUCGCUGCGCUCCUCCCGCCGGAUGCAACCGACAGGACACCAAGACCUUCGUUUCCCGUAAAAGUUUGUUUUUAAAGCGUUUACCGUAUUGUGUGUUAACAUAAACAGCGUCGAAGUGUAAAUCCCGGGGCUCGUGACGAGUAUUUUUUUUGUCUGAACUCAACCGACGAGGGAUUCUCGCGAGAGAGUGUGAGACUAAUAAACGCUGUCCGGCUGACGUGGACCCUCCUGGAGUCCUGUGGUGAUCUGGAAGACGCAGAAAUGCAUGCAGGGUUUGCUCUCUUCCAUCUGAACGUGUUCUUGUGAAUGAGACUGUGUCGUCUCUUCUGAUUGGCUGAGGCUCUCGGGUCGGCUCUGCUCAUGAGGUAACACAGCCUGUGGUUGUUGAUGCCCGAGGCUGGGCAGUGAUGGGGCAGAGGGUAUCGGGUGUGGUCAAAUCAGCGGAUGAGCAGGAGGUGGGUGAGCUGGCGUAUCCACCAGUGUGUGCGGCGCUUCGAAAUCGAGGUGUCCCUUUACCUGCCCGUCUGGAGCUGCUGUUGGAUAUGCCUCCGGCUGGUUCGGAAGCCCAGCUUCAGCACGCCUGGAACCCAGACGACCGUUCGCCAAACCUGUUUAUCAAAGACGAUGACCGGCUCACGUUCCACCGCCACCCGGUGGCCCAAAGCACUGACUGUGUGCGCGGGAAAACCGGCUUCACCCGAGGUUUGCAUGCAUGGAGUUUACGAUGGCCUGUACGGCAGCGGGGCACUCAUGCUGUGGUUGGAGUGGCCACUUCUUUAGCUACUUUACGAGCUGUUGGGUAUUCUGCUCUAGUUGGAAGUGAUGCUGAAUCCUGGGGGUGGGAUUUGGGACGAGGUCGGCUUUACCAUGAUCGAAAGAGCCGAUCUGGGCCAGCGCCGCCGUAUCCGGAGUUCGUGGAAGAUGAGGAUGAGGAAGGCACGUUCUCUGUGCCGGAGGAGAUUUUGGUGGUGUUGGAUAUGGACGAGGGAACGCUGGGAUUCUGUGCUGAUGGAAAUUAUCUGGGAGUGGCGUUUCGAGGGCUGAAGGGGAAGAGGCUGUACCCGAUCGUCAGCGCUGUCUGGGGCCACUGUGAAGUCAGCAUGAACUACAUCAACGGAUUAGAUCCUGAACCCCUGCCGCUGAUGGAGCUGUGCAGAAGAGCAGCGCGACAGGCACUGGGACGCCACCGAAUCCAUCACAUCCAGUCUCUGCCACUGCCACAGACACUCAAAAACUACCUGCAGUACCAAUGAGAGACUCAAACACGCACCUGCGGUCACUGGACACGAGCUGUAGAGUCUUUGCACAGAUACGCUCAUAUAUUUAGGAUGCCAUCAAACGAUGAGUACCUGGUUUUUAUACAUGAUUAUGAGAUGAUUGUAAUAAAAGGUGUUUUACGUUCAUGUCUUCCGUGGAAAUAUUACUCUUGAGCUGAUGUUUUUUAUUAUUGUUCUUCACUUUUAACUCAGAACUAAGGACUAAGGAAAACAAACAGACAACGAGGUUCUUAUUCUGUCACCAGUCUUCACUAAUAGACAUCCGCAGUGCCUGAGAUCUUUUACAAUCUUUGUUUUGUUUGUUUGCGUGCGUAUUAAAUAUAUAUAUGUAUAUUUUCUGUUGUAAUCAUGACGAAGCUGAUUCAAUCGGUUUUUAAGCGUAUAAACGCGAGGCUUGUUGAGAUUUUUACAGAUUUUUUAUAUGAAUUUGAUGUUCCUCUUUUACAUCACAGAUCAAGCAGAAACACAACAGUUGUACAUUCAUGACCUUUCAAAUGUGAAUAAAAUGAAAACUUAAAACACA